GCAGCACUGGUUGCUGUAACAGGUCACCCCCGCAUUGCAAUCAUUGUUGUUUACGUCGUGGUUUGGGUACAAAGUUCAUUAAACGAGAGUCUAAAGAGUAGAAAAUGUUGAAAUUAAAUAAUUACGGAACGCGCAAACUAAUUUUUGAUGUUUGCAAAAAUCGAUUAUAUUCAGCUUCGGCUACAGCUGCACCCAAAGUGAAAACGGAGCACGAUGUGGCCAAGGAGCCAAAAAGAGAUAAUGAAUCUUUUAUGGCCAACAUAUUUCGUGGCAGUCUGGUGACAAAGCAAGUGUUCCCCUAUCCCGAUGUCUUGACCCUGGAACAGAAGGAGACGGCCAACAGUUUGCUCGAUCCCUUCCAGCGUUUCUUCACCGAUGUGAACAACGCGGCGAGGAAUGAUGAGAACUCUGUCAUCGAUCCCGAGACCUUGAAGGCAUUGUGGGAACUCGGCGGCAUGGGAAUCCAGGUGCCCAACGAUUAUGGUGGCCUGGGAAUGAACAACACACAGUACGCGAGACUCUGUCAAAUUGUGGGUGCUCAUGAUCUGGGACUGGGAAUUACUCUGGGUGCUCAUCAGAGCAUCGGCUUCAAGGGAAUUCUGCUCUAUGGCACCCCAGAGCAAAAGGAGAAAUAUCUACCCAAAGUGGCCGCUGAAGAGGUCUACGCUGCCUUUGCUCUGACCGAGCCCAGUUCUGGCUCGGAUGCCAACUCCAUACGCUCCAGAGCAGUUAAGACUGCAGAUGGUAAACACUAUAUCUUAAAUGGUUCCAAAAUCUGGAUCUCAAACGGAGGCUUGGCGGAUGUCAUGACAGUGUUUGCCCAAACCGAACAAAUUGAUAAGAAGACGGGUGAAAAGAAGGAUAAAGUAACCGCCUUUAUUGUGGAACGUUCCUUUGGAGGUGUCACAAAUGGUGCUCCCGAGAAGAAGAUGGGCAUCAAAGCCUCCAACACAGCUGAAGUUUACUUUGAGGAUUGCAAAAUACCCAUUGAGAAUGUGCUGGGCAAGGAGGGAGAAGGGUUCAAGGUGGCUGUAAAUAUUCUGAACAAUGGACGCUUUGGCAUGGGAGCCACAUUGUCGGGCACGAUGAAGAAGUGCAUCGAGAUUGCCACCGCACAUGCCAACAAUCGUACACAGUUUGGUCAAAAGAUCAAGAAUUUUGAUACUAUACAGGAUAAAAUAGCACAAAUGAAUAUACUACAAUAUGCCACAGAAUCGAUGGCAUUUAUGAUUUCCCAGAAUAUGGAUUCUGGCAGUCAGGAUUAUCACUUGGAGACGGCCAUUUCAAAGAUUUAUUCAUCGGAAUCGGCUUGGACUGUGUGUGAUGAGGCUAUACAAAUUCUGGGCGGCAUGGGAUUCAUGAAGGAGACGGGCUUGGAGCGUGUUAUGCGAGAUUUGCGCAUCUUCAGAAUUUUUGAGGGCACCAGCGAGAUUCUACGCCUGUUUGUCGCGCUCUCCGGCAUUCAAUACGCCGGCAAUCAUUUGAAGGAAUUGCAGCGAGCAUUUAGAAAUCCAGCUUCGAAUUUGGGUUUCAUUUUCAGAGAGGCUUCCAAGCGUGCCACCUCCACAAUUGGACUCGGUGGCACCGAUCUGAGUGCCUUUGUGGUGCCGGAAAUGAAGGAAUAUGCCAAGAAUGCCGCUGUCUGCAUAGAUCUCUUUGGUAGAACAACCGAAGCGGUGCUCAUGAAGUACAAUAAGAAUAUAAUCAACGAACAAAUUGUGUUGAAUCAUUUGGCAAAUGCUUCUAUUGACAUUUAUGCCAUGAUUGCCACACUUUCCCGAUCCUCGAGAGCUGCUCAACUUAAUCUGCCCACAGCGGAGCAUGAACUUAACUUAACCAAAGCCCUUUCACUGCAGGCAUCCGAACGAGUUAUCCAACAUUUGAAGAAGGCCUCAUCGGGUCAACUGCAAACCGAAAAGAAGAUGAUUCAAAAGAUCUCACAAAAGAUCUUCGAUGAGGAGGGAGUCCAUUCAACUGGUCCCAUCGAUUUGAAUUGAAUUCUUAGCUAAAUAAUCACUAUUUUUAGUAAGUAAGAUUAAAGUCCAACCUAUAGCGAAUUAUGCCAAGUUUUGAUUACCUUUUGUGUCGAAUUUUUGAAAUAAAAUGUUUUUAGAAAAUUAAAACA